AUGGAUCUGCUAAAAAGCAUCAUCAACAAACAGAAACAAGCGGUAUCAGCGGAGGCGGAGGCCAGUGGGGGAAAGCGAUGGAUUCAGCGUGGAAAGGCCGCCCAGCAGCUGCGCGAGGAGGUGCAGCGGAAGGCCCUGGAGGAUGAGAAGAAGCGUAAGAGGGAAGAGAUUGAGAGGCUGCAGGAACUCGCGAGACAUCUGGAGGCGAAGAAAAGGAAAGAUACGAAUGCGGCCAAUCACUCUGAGGACGUGGCUGUGGUUCAUGAGCUGAUGCUGAAUGCAGAAGAGGCGCAGCCUCCGUUGUCCAAGCAAGAGAUCUUCAAGAAACUGCGGAAACUGAAAGAACCCGUCACGCUUUUUGGAGAGACGGACUGGCAGCGAUACACGCGCCUCUGUCACCUCGAGCUUCUGCACCACGAGGACGAGCUGAUGGGCGGCCAGCGAAAUGCGUUUCUCAAUCCGCAGGACGAUGACGAGGAAGAGGAAGAUGAAGAAAACCACAAAGAGACCGCGAGCGUGCGUCGACGAGCGCAGGAAGGCGACAGGGCCUCUUCCACAGCGACAAGCGGUUCUCUGCAUGCAGAAAGCGACCCCGGGGGAAGAGCCCCGACGCCCGCGGACAGCGGAAAAGACGGCGUGGCUGCAAAGGUGUCGGAGACUUGCGGGGCGGGUAGUCCCGGAGCGCCGCCCGACACGGCGGCGGAAGCCAGGGCAAAGGACGGCGGGUCGCCGGAGGCCGAGGACGAAGACGAGAAUGAAGUGGAGGACGCGUCGUCGAACCCCGCGGAGAAGAAAGACCGCCAAUGCUCGAAAGAGACGACGGUGACACGAUGGAUCCGGCGGAUGUUGCAAGAGUGGGAAGCCGAACUGAAACUCAGGCCGGACGAGAAGAAGAGCAGCGCCGAAGGCACGCUGAUGACGAGCCUGCAGCGCCAGACGCGGAAAGACUUGAAACCGCUUAUAAGAAAGCUGAAACAGAAAGAGCUCGAUAAGGACGUCCUCGACAAGCUGUUUACGAUGGUGCAGUGCUGCGAGGAGAGGAAGUACAGAAGUGCUCAUGACACGUACAUGCUUCUUGCCAUUGGCAAUGCCGCGUGGCCUGUCGGAGUUACGAUGGUCGGCAUUCACGAGCGCGUUGGCCGCUCGAAGCUGUUUUCCUCGCAGGUGGCUCACAUUCUGAACGACGAGACGACUCGAAAGUACAUCCAGAUGUUCAAGCGUCUCAUGUCUUUCUGCCAACGGCGCUACCCCGCGGAUCCGUCGCAAACGAUCUCGCUCAGCACUAUUCACAUAUGA